AUGGUUGGAAAUCAGAAAAAUAGUGAUGGUGGGACGUCAUUGGAAAGAAAUGCAGGAACGGAUCAAGAAAUAACGGAAAAUGAAUACCAGAAACCGCGGGAUCUUGAUGAUGUGCUAACUCACGAACUGGGCCAGUUCGGUUGGUUCCAGAUCCGGAACAUUCUCUUAGUGGCUUAUCCAAUAGCGAUUUGUGGUCUUAUGACGGAGUAUAUAUUUUCAGCUGCAGCUACACCACACAGAUGUCGUAUCCCAGAAUGCGGUGAAUAUGAAAAAUCACACGAAUUUAAUCCUGAAUGGAUCAAUAAUGCCAUUCCAGAGACUGAUUCAGGGUUUGCCAGCUGUGAACGAUACGCUCCUCGAGGUAUAGGAAGUAAUGGGACCUUGGACUACUGCCCUGCUAAUCUGUUUGAUCAGUCAAAAACCAUAAAAUGUGAUGGUUUUGUUUAUGUCAGAGACAACACAGUUGUAUAUGAAUUCGACCUCGGAUGCCAAGAAUGGUUACGAGUCCUUGCAGGCACGUUGUACAGCAUAGGAACAUUGCUCGUGCUCCCUAUCACUGGAUUCAUCUCAGACCGCUACGGCCGCCGAAUAGCCCUCAUCAUCAAUAUUUUCAAUUUGGGCCUGUUUGGCUUCAUCAGAGCAUUCUCCGUCAAUUACACUAUGUAUCUGACCUUACAAAUCUUGCAGACGACGUUUGGUGCUGGUGCCUACAGCUCUGCUUACAUUUUUGCUGCUGAGCUCGUAGGGCCGAAGUAUCGUGUCUUGACAAGUGCUACUUCAUCUACGAUAUUCGCUAUGGGCCAGGUGUUACUCGGUAGCGUUGCUUGGUUGAUCCCAGCCUGGCGCUACAUGAUCAUAGCACUGCAUGUCCCUUGCUUUGUGAUCAUUGUAUACUACUGGAUACUGUCUGAAAGCGUACGAUGGCUUCUUUCAAAAAAGAGAUACCCUAAAGCUAAGAAAAUUCUGGAAACUGUUGCGAGGGUUAACAAAACACAUAUUAGUGAGAAGUCUAUGGAAGCUCUCAUGAACCCUCAACAGUCGGCUACUGCUGUGCCUAAUGCUGAUAGACCUGGUUUAUUUCGCACAAUAAUACGGUCGCCAGUAUUGCUGAGAAGGGUUUGCACGACACCAAUUUGGUGGAUCACGAUGACCUUUGUGUAUUACGGGCUGUCCAUCAACUCCACCAGUCUCUCCGACACCAUGCACUUGAACUACAUUUUGACGUGUGCUAUCGAGAUUCCUGGAUUCUUCACAGCUGUUUUACUUUUGGACAGAAUUGGCAGGAAGAUAACCUUGUGUUCAGGAUUCUUCUUUAGCGCCGCCUGCAACAUCGCUUUUGUCUUCAUUCCUAUGGACUUGUCAGUUCUGCGGCUGGUAGUAUACCUGCUAGGAAAGUUCGGCAUCUCCACCGUGGUGACGUCAAUAUACCUAUACACUUCGGAGCUGUAUCCCACCGAGUACCGACACACUUUUCUUGCCUUCUCAUCCAUGAUUGGUCGUAUUGGGUCUAUCACAGCUCCACUUACCCCAGCACUUAUGAGCUAUUGGCACGGCAUCCCGUCGCUGAUGUUCGGCUGCAUGGGCAUCCUGUCCGGCCUGCUGGCGCUGACGCAACCAGAGACGCUGGGCACCAAGAUGCCCGACACCCUGGCCGAAGCUGAGGCGAUUGGGAAACCGGAAUCUAAAAUAAAACAAACUAGCUAA